AGAAGAAACAGUAACAACAGCAGCAGAAGAAGUAGUAGCAGGAACAGAGUUCGUGUCUCCUGGAGGAGCUGUAACCACUCAUGGCCCUUCCAGCCCAGCUCAGGCCCAUCCAGCACCACCUCCGGACCGCUCAGGAACAUGAGAACCGGGACCCGGUCGUGUCUUAUUACUGUCGGCUCUACGCCAUGCAGACGGGCAUGAAGCUGGACAGCAAGACCCCCGACUGCCGCAAGUUCCUGGUCAAACUCAUGGACCAGCUGGAGUCGAUGAAGGAGGAGCUUAGCGACAACGAGUCCAUCACUCAGGAGGUGGUCGGAAACGCCCACAUCGAAAACUACGCCCUCAAACUCUUCCUGUACGCCGACAACGAGGACCGAGCGGGACGCUUCCACAAAACAUUCAGCACAGGAAGUACGCCCGCUGGAAGGCCACCUACAUCCACAACUGUCUGAAGAACGGCGAGACCCCUCAGCCGGGGCCCAUCGCCAUGGAGGGGGCCGAGGAAGCAGACGAGUUUGGAGCUGAAGGUUUCUCAGGACCGGGUCCCUCUCAUGAAGGCUCCUUCAGGUCCAGUCCUCCUUCACACAACCUGAGUCCGGGCCCAGGAAUCGGCUUUGCUCCAGGUCCCGGCUCGGUUCCGACGGGCCCCCCGGGCACAAACUACAACAACAUCCAGAUCCCUCCGGGGGCCCACGCUCCGGCCAACACCCCCGCAGAGUUGCAGCCUUCUUCAGAUGCUGGUAAACCUGCUGCUGCUGUCCGGUCCGGUCCGGCUGUCGACCCGUCUCUGCUGACCGCCCAGCAGCAGGGCGGCGUCCAGCUCACCCCUGAGGACUUCACCCGGGCCCAGAAGUUCUGUAAGUACGCGGGCAGCGCUCUGCAGUACGAGGACGUCGGCACGGCCGUCCAGAACCUCCAGAAGGCCCUGAAACUCCUCACCACUGGCAAAGAAUGAACUCUUUGUCCUCCCCCCAUCCUCCCCCCUCUGUCAGCGAUCCGACACUCAGAAACCGGGCUUGUCCACGUUGGACGAGGACACGAUGGAAAUCAUCUGGAACAAAGACGGCCUGUGUGGUUCUGAGUGACGGGACGACGGACCGACUGAGUGCAGGACCUGUGGACUCUGACGCAGAUCAAAGGCUCGUGAACGACCCGGUUCAUCCUCCUGAAACGGGCCGACCGGUUCUGAUAUCAUCUUUAGCUUCAACAUUUACUUCCUGGCAGAGCAGAAACUCCUGAAACUGAAGAACCUUUUUGAUUAAUGUUCGGGUCGGGCCGCAGAACCAGGACGUUUCUAAAGUUCAAUCUUUGUUUUCCUUCAAACGGCUGAACGAUCGAAUAAAUGUCUUUGUUUCCAUCAGUUUGAAUCUGUUCUCACCUGGACCCAGGUGCACCUGUUCAGAGGACCGGUUCUGAUCCAUCGGUUCCAUCGGAUCACUUCAGUUUUCAGAGCGUUGCUCCGGUUCCAAAAGCAAAGGAUAGAAAAUAUUCUCAAUAAAAAACAAGAAGAAAUUCAAAACUUCAGU